CGAUUGAAGAACUAACGGGAUAUGUAGAAGGAAAGGCAUUGCGAAAAAAGAAUGUGCAAGCAAUAGCUCAAUUCAUAUGGGAUGAAGUUAUUACAAGGCACAGCAACGAACUAAACAUUGAUCAGAGGUUUGUCGCUAGUUACCACCCUGAGGCUAAUAGUCAUUCUGAACGCACAGUACAGAAAUUCACAAGGAUCAUUCGAAAGGUGUGUGCCGAAAAACAAAAUAGAUGGCACAAAUAUAUAAGAAGUGCAAUUUGGGCAAUCAACAUAAUGGUCAAUGAUUUGGGGUACUCUCCAUUCCAUUUGGUCUAUGGAUGUGAUGCCAUAACGCUAGUUCAGUUGAUGUUGGAAAGUUAUCAAGUAUAUUUGAGUGAGUUGGAUGGUAGCGAACUAAGAGACCCAAUAACAAGAAAUAGAGUGAAGAAACUGUUUACCUGGGAGAAGAAGGUUCCAAGUCAGAGCGGUUAUUCGGAUCAGAGUAGUGUGGCCCUUGAGGAUGAGGACCAAAGGAG